AUGGUGAUGUGGUGGCAGCUCUGUGUGUGCAGCCUGGGGAUCUUUCUCCUGGCACCAUGUAUUCUGUCUGAGAAGUUCUCCCUGGCUGGCUCCCCUCACCCCAUGGUAGUGGUAGUUGGCCGGGAUGUGGUGUUACCCUGCCAGCUCUCACCCCCGGCCCGGCUACCCAAUUUGGAAGUGCUGUGGAGGAAAAUUGAACCAGGACUUGUCGUGAUUCAUGAGUAUAUGAAUGAGGGUACCCAGGACCUGCCGGGGGAGGGUUACCAGACCCGGACGGAGCUGUUCCCACAGGAGUUCAGCAGUGGAAACAUCUCCCUGAAGCUGAAACGGCUCCAAGUGGCAGAUGCUGGGACGUAUCAGUGCCUUGUGACGAACCGAGAGUGGACCCAGGAAGCCAGCACUGAGUUACAGGUGGCAGCUGUGGCUCCAGUAUUCAUUGACGUGCUGGGCCCCCAGGACCAGGGGAUUGGACUGGCCUGUAGAUCCACAGGCUGGUUCCCCAAACCUGAACUCCAGUGGAUUGGAAAGAACUGGCAGAACCUGGCAAUGGAGAUUGUGACCGACAUGACUCAAGACAGGGAGAACCUGUAUAGUGUUGUGAGUCACGUCACUGUCACAGAAGGGGAAGACAAUGGAGACAUCAGCUGCAUAGUGCGGAAUGUCCUGUUGGAGACCGAGCGACAAUCUGCCAUUCAUCUCUCAGGUGACGCCUUCCCCCGUGUUUCUCCCUGGCCAGCUGCAUUCUGGGUGAUUUUCACUCUGUUUCUCAUUGCUGCUGGAGUUUGUGCAUAUCUUGGAUACACAGCGAAGCAAAAGGCCUCUCAAAAGGCCUCUGAAGAAGAAGGUCAAUUAUUUUACCCUGAAAGGACUGAGAAGACGACCUUGGAAUCAGAGUGCCAGGAGCUCCGUGAGAAGCUUGACAAGGCGCUCACAGUGCUAGAGUUCAGGAGAGCUCGGAGCUACAUGGUCCACAUCACCCUGGAUCCAGAUUACAAACACCCCGAACUCACUGUGUCUGAGGAUGGCAGAACAGUCCAGCACAACCCCCUAUCCCCAGGGCUAGUUGCCCCCUUUGGGGCUCUGAUCGCUCUGGGGAGGGAGGGGUUUGUGUCUAGUAGGGAUCAUGGUGGGGAGGGCAGGAUUUGCAGGUGGUACUGGGAGAUAGAGGUGGGGGACAGCCCGGACUGGGAACUGGGGGUGCUGAGUGAGUCUGUGAGGGACAGAGUGAGGAAGGAGAGGCUGGAGAGACUCCCUGAUGGAGGGUGCUGGGCUCUGGGGAGAUCUGGGGGGCAGUAUCACUCCAGGGAGGCCGACACUAUGAUCCAGAAGUGGGCUGUGACACCGACAGUGGUUGGGGUGUAUCUGGAUCUAGAAGGGGGGAGUCUCUCGUUCUAUAGUGUCAGUUCAAUGACCCUUAUCCUGGAGGUUCCUGUGGAAGGUUCUGAGAGAUUGUUCCCAUUCCUCAGCCCUGGUCACGCUGUGGGGAGGGACCAGGGGAAACCCCUCAGCAUCUCCCCCUGCAGCGACUGGGAUUUCCGCCAGGAAUUAAUGGUUAGUAGGUCUGUUAGUCAGGGAAAUCCAGGGGCAGGAAACAACACAGGGCCAUCUGCAACAGGAGAAACAGCCCCAGCGCCUUCAGACAAGCACGUGAAAGAAAACAGCGAAGGGCUAUCUGUGAUAGAAACUGUCCAACAGCUCCUGUCCACCAACUGGAUCCACAGUUUGGGGCUGGGGCAUAAAACAGAGAAGGAGCAUCCACAACUGGAGCCAGACCCCAAAGAGAAGUGGGAAAAGAAACAUCAAACCUCCGAGGUCUGA